AUGCCCAUUGAUCCCAACGAGCCCCGCUACUGCUACUGCCGCCAGGUGUCUUAUGGCGAAAUGGUUGCCUGCGAUGACGAUAACUGCGAGAUCGAGUGGUUCCAUCUGGGCUGUGUGGAUCUGAAGGCCCCGCCCAAGGGACAGUGGUUCUGCAGGGAAUGCUCGCACAAACACAAGAAGCGCCGCGACCACCACUAA